AUGAAAGUUUAAAGAAAAGAUAGGUUAUGUGAGCCAUUUGCUGGUUUGUUUGAAAUGGAAAUUUAUUUUAAAGUGAACUGGAGGUAUAGAGUGAGCUAAAGUAGAGCUCUGCGAAAGCUCUGCUUAGCACACUCCCUCAGUCCACUAUCUGAAUGA